UCUAAGAUGGCCCCUGUUUUGAUAGGGUUGCACCAUCCUUUUAAUUAUUCUUUUUUGCUACUGUUAGUUUUUACUCUAGCAAUUAACUCAGUUUUUUCAGCGCGAAUAGCUGGUUUCCAUACCACAGGAGGAUCACAGUACAUAAACACAAGAAACAUUCUGGCAGAGUUGGCAACUCGUGGACAUGAGGUUAUGAUGGUUGUUCCGUCAUCUUUUGACAAAAUGAAACCAAGUCAGGAAGUGCCACACAGGAUUUACCAAGCACCUUACAAGCCAGGAUUCUUAGAGGAAACCCUUGUACCCCUUGAGCUAGAAGGAAAAAAUAUGGAGGUGCUUUUCAGGAUGAGCAAGAUUCAAGAAACAUUAUGUGAAAGUGCAUUGAACUCCACUGAAUUACUCAAGGAGUUGGAAAACUAUGAUCUCCUCAUCUAUGAUAGUGGAGCAUUCUGUGCAGCAUUAAUUGGAGAACUCCUCAAGGUUCAGCGUGUUGAGUUAUUCCCCUACCCCCCUAACAGCCCAGAUGCUUUUUAUCACAUGAUACCCUCACCAAUUUCCUAUGUUCCUCAACUUCCUACUGGAUUUACUGAUAAAAUGACGUACAUGGAACGUUUGACGAAUCUGGGAUCAUACAUUGGAGAGAGACUGUUCCUAAGUAUAGUUUAUAACAGACCAAUGAAUGCUCUUAAAAUGAGAUACAACAUCACAGCUGAACGAAGCUUUGAGGAAGCUGUUGCUGAUGUAGAAUUACUUUUAAUCAUGGCAGAUUUUGCACUGGAAUACCCACAACCCUUGUUGCCAGGUCAUAUUAUGGUUGGACCACUGAAUGUCAAAGAUGCUCAACCCCUCCCCCCUGAUUUAGAAGAAUUUGUCAGUAAUUCAAGGGGUCAUGGUUUUAUUAUUGUCUCCUUUGGCUCAAUGGUGGCUUCAAUCCUUCCAAAAGAGAAAGUGGACAUGCUAGCUGAGGCAUUUGGAAAAGUGAAACAAAAAGUUGUGUGGAGACUUAAAGGUUAUAUUCCAUCCUCUCUUCACUCAAACAUCAAAGCAGUACAGUGGCUACCUCAGAAUGAUCUCUUGGCUCACAAGGACAUCAAAGCUUUUGUCUCUCAUGUGGGACAUAACAGUCUGUAUGAGUCAGCAUACCAUGGGGUCCCUGUGGUAGCCUUUCCUCUGGGUGGAGACCAAGACAGUAAUGCUAAGAAAGCUGAGCAUUUGGGCCUUGGUUUAAGUGUUGAUCAUAAAAAAUGCAGUGCCCAACAACUGUUUAAAACAAUUGAAACAGUUGUAGGGGAACCACAAUUUCAAACAAAAGCAAUGCACAUCUCUAGGUUGUUAAAGGAUCGUCGUUAUACACCUUUACAAGAAACCUGCAACUGGAUAGAGUAUGUGGUCAGACAUGGUGGAGCCCAACACCUCAGAGCUCAAGUGUUUAACAUCCCUUGGUACCAGUACUACUUGCUGGACGUCAUGGCUUUCCUUGUUGCCAUAGUAACCUUGGUUAUCAUGGUGAUAAGAUUCAUAUGCAGGUGUUUGUGUAGAAUUUGCUGUAAAAAGGGGGACAUCAAAACCAAGGAGGAGUAAAAUUAUGAUGUUUGUUGUUAUACUGUUCUAUUAGAAAUAUUAGGUCGUGAUGAUUUGGAAGCAAAAAUUAGAUAUACACCUUUUGUACUGAUAACUAGGGUUUAGAAUUUUUUUACUUAUUUUGAACAUAAUAGGUAUGAGUAUACUUUUAUUAAGUGAUGUAUUUAUUUGAUGACUGAUUCAGAAUAGACAAUUGAGACGUACACCAAGUAUUUAACUGAAAGUAUUGUUAUUAAACACCGAACCUCAAAAGCAAAAGUCCAGAUGUUAUUGUUGAAUUUCUUGAAUCAUAGAAAGACAUUGUCAGAAAUUGAGCAAUUUUUCAGUCAAGUUCUGUUCACCUAUGAUUAUACACUUUCAGUUUCAGCAUGAGUCAGUAAUAUGCUGCAAAAAGCAUAGGCAGAUCGACAGACUUUAUAUUAAAUUUAACUUCUCUCAAUCUGACUGAUGCGAGAUUGCUGCUCUGGUUCGAGUGAUCUGCAAGGAUAAAUAAGGGCCAGUUAUUUACACAAGGUCUGACCCAAACUGUGGUUUUUGCGCAAGCAAUGGGCUGCAAGGAUUCUCUUUAAGAGUGAUGCCCCCUUCACUAUUAGCUUUUGGCCCUCUUGACACUGUUCACAAAUUUAAGAUGGCUUAGAAUGCCGUUUUUUUAAAAAAUGGCUUAACUUUGUUUAUAUGAAUAACUGGCCCAGUGCAAACAUCAUGUAUGUUUACUUGUUACGCUGGAUCCUGAUCUCUCUCUGUACAUGGCAAAUAUUCUUGUGAUUUGUUGGACUGCUUCUUUUCUGAAGCCUCUGACUGGUAAUCAAGUCUUUUAAGUGUUUACAGGCAACAGCUUGUUUAUAAGGAAAUGUGUUGCAGUUGGGGGGAGAAUUAAAAAUCAGGCCUUGGGAGCUGAAGGGUCAAAGACAGAAAUGAUAACAACUUAGUCUUAUUACCAACACACUUUCAUUGAUACAAGCACCAAUCAAAUUUUUAAUGAAAACUUUAAUCAAUAAAUUAAAAUUUACAGUAUUAUAAAGUUACCUAAGAAUACAAGCUGGCAAGUACUUAAACAAUCCCAACACCAUUUACUUACUAAUUAUAUAACCAGCAGAAAUUUCACAUAUCUAUUAACAAUAAAUAUGGGCAUGAGUAAAAGUUAAAUAUUGACAAACUAGAGGUGACUGUUCCUUUACUGUUUUAAAUCUAAGUUGUGUGUUAAACUUCAAUCAGAUCUUAAGAGCCCUAGCUAGCUGACAACUAUUCAACUAUAAUAUAACAAAAGUACCACUUAACUAACAAUUGACUAUGACAAGUCAAUUGAAUGUAAUAAUUGGAUACAAGUCUUUUAAAACCUAACUUAUUUUACAGCUAGUUGCUUUAAGAAAAAUUACAUCUACGUGAUACCAUAAACUAUAAAUUGAACAACUUGACUAAGCUUCUGAAUGCAUAAAUUUCAUUGUUUCUUUAUUCAAGACCUGAGUCCGUAGAGUAUAGCUGGUUGU